AUGUUGAUAUCUUCCUCGCGUGUAAUUGCGUCUGUGGAAGGUGGUGGUUCUUCUUGUUUGUCCUUAUCUUCAUCUACCUCGUUUUCUAAGGACGGGCGCAAAAUUAGUGUUGGUGACUGUGCUCUUUUUAAGCCACCACAGGAUUGUCCACCGUUCAUUGGGAUAGUUCGCUUGAUCAUUGCUGAGAAAGAAGAUAAGUUGAAGUUGGGUGUUAAUUGGCUUUAUCGACCUACGGAAUUAAAACUUGGCAAAGGCAUCCUUCUUGAGGCUGAGCCCAACGAACUCUUUUAUUCCUUUCACGAGGAUAAUAUACCUGCUGCUUCCUUACUACAUCCUUGUAAAGUUUCCUUCCUUCCAAGAGGUGUUGAACUCCCUUCUGGUAUCUGCUCGUUUGUCUGUCGGCGAGUUUACGACGUUACAAACGAGCGCUUAUGGUGGCUGACUGAUCAAGACUAUAUUGAUGAUCGACAACUAGAAGUAGACAAGUUAUUGUGUAAGACUCGUUCAGAAAUGCAUACAACAUUACAACAGGGUGGUCGUUCUCCCAAGUCCAUGAAUAGUCCAACAACAUCACAAGCGAAAGAUGGCAUCCAGAAUAAUAACUCUUUUCUCUCUCAGGGUAAGGGAAGGAAAAGAGAGCGUAUGGAUCAUGGUUCCGAGUCUGUUAAACGUGAACGUUCUUCCCGGGUAGAUGACAGUGGUUCCGGUCCUCUCAGAACAGAAAGCGGUUUAAAGUCUGAGAUUUCAAAAUUUACGGAGAAAGGUGGUCUGGUGGAUUCUGAAGGAGUUGAAAAAUUGGUGCAGCUUAUGCUGCCUGAGAGGAAUGAGAAGAAAAUAGACUUAGUUGGCCGUGCGAUUCUUGCAGGGGUUGUAGCGGCAACAGACAAGUUUGAUUGCCUUAGUCGUUUUGUCCAGCUCAGGGGAUUACCCGUGUUUGAUGAGUGGCUGCAGGAAGUUCAUAAAGGGAAAGUUGGGGAUGGGGGGAGUCCCAAAGACGGUGAUAGGCUAGUAGACGAUUUCCUCCUAGUCUUACUUCGCGCUCUUGACAAGCUACCUGUGAAUCUCAAUGCACUUCAGACUUGUAACAUUGGAAAGUCUGUUAAUCAUCUAAGGUCACAUAAAAAUUCAGAGAUUGGGAAAAAAGCAAGGAGCUUGGUCGACACAUGGAAGAAACGAGUUGAAGCAGAAAUGGAUGCCAAGUCUGGAUCCAACCAAGGUGUAUCUUGGCCUGGAAGUGGAAGACUGACUCAUGGUGGAAGGCAUUCAGGUGGUUCCGCGGAGGGAAACAAGACAUCAUCAUCACAUCUACAUGCUUCUAAGUCAGUCUCGGUCAAACAACAGGUGGAAAGCAACCUGAAGUGUGUAGCCACGUCGCCAGGCUCUACGAGAUCAGCCCCAUCUCCGGGAUCAGGUGGUACUGUUUCUAAAGAUGGACAGCAUCGAAAUGCUGGUGCUGGUGGUGUAUCUGAAGUCCUAGCUGCAGUAAAGGAUGAGAAAAGUAGCAGCUCCAGUCAGUCCCACAAUAAUAGCCAGUCUUGCUCGAGCGAGCAUGCUAAAACAGGCAAUUUAUCUGGAAAAGAGGAUGCAAGGAGCUCAACUGCUGGUUCAACUGUGAAGAAGUGCUCCAGUGGCUCUUCAAGGCAUCGGAAAUCAAACAAUGUGUUUCAAGUAUCAUCUUCGUCAGCUUCCCCUAGGGAAGUUGGUUUAAAUCGAACCUUCUCAUCACAAAGGAAUGUCCCUUCUGAGAAAAUUUCUCAAUCAAGUUUGACAUCUGAAAAGAUUCUUGAGGUUCCUCUGACUGAGGGUUGCAGUAAUAAAUUGAUUGUUAAGCUGCCAAAUCGGGGUCGCAGCCCUGCUCAAAGUGUGAGUGGAGGCUCUUUGGAGGACCCUGCUCCUGUGAAUAGCCGAGCUUCUUCUCCUUUGCAUGCGGUGAAGCAGGAACUGUGUGAAAAUAAUGUGAGAGAAAAAAAUCAUUCUUAUCGACCUAAUGUGAGCUCUGUCUUGAAUGCGGAGUCUUGGCAAAGCAAUGAAUUAAAAGAUAUCUCGCAAGGGGGAGCUGGUUCACCACUUGUUGCUGGUGAUGACCGCGGCAGAGCUCCUAAAGAUUCUGAUAAAGCAGCUGGAAAUGUCAAAGGCACAUCUUCCUUAGGAAAUGAGUUCAAAUCUGGAGAAAGGCAUGGCGGAACACUCAGUUCAAUGAAUGCUUUGAUUGAAAGUUGUGUCAGAUACUCCGAGACAAAUGCCUCUUUGGCUGGUUCAGAUGAUGUUGGAAUGAAUCUUCUUGCUAGUGUAGCUGCUGAUGAGAUGUCUAAAUCGCCUGUUGCAUCACCCCCAGUAUCUCAGCCAUCAAAUUCCUUGAUGAAUGAAAAUUCUAUUGUAGGGAACGAUGCAAAGCUAAUUAAUUCUGAUGGUUUGCCGCACGAGCAACAUCAAGGUGAGCAACAUGUUAGCAGUAGUGGCUCACCGUUGGUGGAGUCAGAGAUAAAAAAUGAAUCUAAGACUGGAGAUCAUGAUAAGAGCUCAAAUUCAGAGACGGAAGAUCUACAAAGGUUGGUGGAUCAGCGCCUAGAGAGCAAUGACAAUUCAGAUGAUGUCGUUGCUUCUCCUGCUUUACCCACAAACGCCAUCAAGGAAAAGCUUUUGGAUGAUAGUGACUCUGUGGAAGUAAAGGAUAGGAAGGCUGAUGUUAAAUCAGAGGCAGAUAACUCAUCAGACUCAACGAAAAGAGUAGCAAGCUCAAUGAUAACUGAAUGUAGAGAUAUUAGUCAAAAGGUAGAUUCUGUGGCUGUUGAACACGCUCCCUUUGUCGGUGUUGAUGAUGAAAAGAAAGUAGAGAAACCCCCAACGGUGUUGAGUUCUGAGCUAGUUAAAAAAGUGGAAGAUGUACCAGUCUCUCCUGGGAUUUCAAGGGGUAUGGAUGCAGUAAGCACUGAUAGACUUGGAACUGAAACGGUCAAUAAUAUGGCAGUUAAUCAGAUAGACCAAAAAGAUAUAAAGAAGAUUAAGCAGGAUUGUGAUGCUUCUGGGGAUGCUAUGAAGGAUGACGCAGCUGGUUUGGACUCAUCUGUCAAUAAAGGUAAAGUUGAGCCUGUGGAGGGGAAUCAAGAAAAUAUUGAAGUAAAGGAACGGUGCUCAGGGUUAAGAGCUACUCCAGGAGUAUCACCGAAAGAUGCAGAGGAUCUUAAGAGACCGAACGGGCCUAAAACCAGUGAUGCUGAUGGAGAUGAAGCAGAGGAGUGUACGUCUGCUGCCAGAGAUGCUUCUUCCGUUUCAGCCGCAGCUUCAGCUGGAUCAGAGAUGGAUGCCAGAGUUGAGUUUGAUCUAAAUGAAGGUUUUGAUGGAGACGAUUUUUGA